GCAAUUGCAUGCAUCCAUGCAUGCAAGAAAGGGAGGGCUGCAAAGGAGCAUUUAAAGGGACCAGGUCCUUUUUUGUUGCUUUGUAAAAUCUGGGGUUUUGCAGUUCGAGGCAAAGGAGUGUCUCGUCUGAAAACCCUGACACGUGUCUUGCUGUUGAAUCUUUCUAAGGAUCUGGUCCGGGAAGAGGAUGGAAGGGAUGCUGGUGUUUCUGCUGAUGGUCUGGGGAUGCUGGGCUCUCUCCUUCCAUCUCCCCCCAGGGACCCCCAAGUGCUUGAAGGAGGCAUUGCAGCAAGAUGUGAUGGUGACUGGAGAGUAUGAGGUUUCCCCAGGGACCAGCAUCGACCUCAAGGUCACCGACUCCGUUGGACACCUCCUUUACUCCAAGGAUGAUGCCAAGAAAGGCCAGCUUAGCUUUAUCACCGAGGAUUGUGACAUCUACGAGAUUUGCUUUCGGAGCCGCGGACGGCCAGGGAACUCCCAGGUCCCUGACCAACUGGUCACCCUCAACAUCAAGCGCGGCGUGGAGGCCCGGAAUUACAAACAUGUUGCAAAAACAGAGAAACUCAAGCCCCUGGAGGUGGAUCUGCGCCGGCUUGAGGACCUUUCCAAAUCCAUCGCCAAAGACUUUGCCUUCAUUAAGCAACGCAAGGAGGAGAUGCGGGACACCAAUGAAUCUACCCGAAUGCGCGUCUUCCACUUCAGCGUCUUCUCCAUGCUCAGCCUGGUGGGUCUGACCACUUGGCAAGUCUUCGGCCUGAAGCGUUUCUUAAAAGCCAAGAAAGUCAUGGAGUGAUGGAGCAGCUCAGGUCGUGCAUGUGUUGAGUUGAGCAUCUCAGGUCAUGCGUGGGUUGGGUUGAGCAUCUCAGGUCAUUCUGGUGUUACCCUUCUUUGGUUCCUCAGGGUCCUUUGAGCGUGAACCUUUAGAGAUGUUCCUCUGAGAUCUGGCCACCAACUUGCUCCGAUCCCAAGUUGUCUAGAGUCAUAUUUUCCCUUAGUCUGGACCAGCGGUUCCCACACUUUGAACCUCCGAGUGGACUUCAGUUCCCAGAAGUCCCAGCUGGCUUGGGCAAUGGUAAGGAAUUCUGGGAGAUGAAGUCCAAAACAUCUGGAGGACCAAAGUUUGGGAUACACUGGUCUGGACCCUUGGUGGAAGAUGGUGACUUGGCUGGAUUUGUUCGCUGGCUGGAAAUGGAACUGGUUGCGCAUAACCUUUGGCUCACUAGCAAUGCUGGCUAGGGGAUUCUGGGAGUUGGAGUCCAAUUUUACACUACAGUUAUUCACGCAACACUACACUGGUUGGCUGCCUCUGAUGAAGGCAAAACCUACAUUUGUUGAAGACUUAGGGUGCGUCUACGCUGUAGAAGUAAUGCAGUUUGGCACCACUUUAACUUCCAUGGCUCCAUCCUACAAAAUCCUGGGGUCUGCAGUUUGGUGAGGCCCCAGCACUUUUUAACAGAGGAGGCUAAAGGCCUUGCUAAACUACAAACCCCAGGAUUCCACAUGGCAUUUAAGCCUUUACAGAUGUAAAGCCAUACAUUGAAAUAGUCUGGGAAGGGAUUGAAAUGUUGGACCCGCUUGAUGCAACAUUUUUCUCUUCCUGUAUGGGAAAAGAAAAAGAGGAGACCGAGUUCAACGUCAAGUAAUAUUAAAAUAUUUGGUGCAUAUUUAUUGCAAAGUCGGCGUGUUUUUUCUUUACAGUGAUAAAAAAUACAAAAUGUGCCCAGCCGGUCUUUUCUUUCCCCCCCCCCCCCGGUGCCAAAGUAGAAAAUUGGCAUUUUGGGCUAAAUUUACAUUGAGAGUUAUAAACCAGUUGUAAAGCUUAACCUCAAACGUUUAAGAAAGCAGGGAGAGUGGCGUUGGGGCUAGGACAGGGAUUGGCAUGUUAUGGGGUCAGACUGCAACUCCCAUCAGCCCCAUCCAGCAUGGAUAGCAUUUGGAUGUGAAGUCAAAGGCUUUCACAGUCAGCGUCCAUAGUUUUUUGUGGGGUUUUGGGGGCAAUGUGGCCAU